CCCCAGUGAAAAUAUUAUGUUACCGCCGGUAUUAUUAUUGUUUUUGUUAUUGAAGACUUUUGUUGAAAAAUAAAAACAACAUUAUAUGCUUUAUUUUGAAGACUGAUGACAGAAAUAGGACAGCUGAUGCCGACCUAUAUCUGUAAUAACUGAUGUCAACCUGUGUCUAUAAUGACUGAUGUCAACCUAUGUAUGUAAUGACUGAUGUCAACCUGUGUCUAUAAUGACUGAUGUCAACCUGUGUAUGUAAUGACUGAUGUCAACCUGUGUCUAUAAUGACUGAUGUCAACCUGUGUCUGUAAUGACUGAUGUCAACCUGUGUCUGUAAUGACUGAUGUCAACCUGUGUAUGUAAUGACUGAUGUCAACCUGUGUCUAUAAUGACUGAUGUCAACCUGUGUCUGUAAUGACUGAUGUCAACUUGUGUCUGUAAUGACUGAUGUCAACCUGUGUCUGAAAUGACUGAUGUCAACCUGUGUCUGUAAUGACUAACGACUGCACUAAUUGUCUGAACUACAUGUACAGUGUUAAAACACACACAUUCAUAAUUCUACGGAAUACAAUUACAGCUUAUUACUGUGCAUAUUUCCAGUUCACUUGCUAAAUGCCACGAUAACAAUUUAUUAAGCAUCAUGGAUUCUGAUAAUAUGAUGGAUCAGGAUAAAAAUCCAGGAAUUUCUGAAUUUCCAUCAGAAAACAAUCCAAUGGUUAGGUCUAUUCCAUCGACUUCAGUGUCUUCAAACUAUGCUAUUCCUAAUAUUCCCAACAAUCUCACAAUGGCGACUCACCCUCCAGGUGGAUGUUUUUCAUCUUCAGAUCAUCGUCAGUCGUGGAACUCGAAUCAAACAUCUGUCGACAAUCGUCAGUCAUUGAACUCGAAUCAAACAUCUGUUGACAAUCGUCAGUCAUUGAUCUUGAACCAAACAUCUGAUCACCGUCGAGAUUCUAUUACUGACAAUCAGAACGUCCAGGUUACAGGAAGUGCCGCAACUUUACAGUUGAAUAAAGAUACCCACACGAUCAUUUCAAAAGCAGAAACAGUUAUUUUAACUGAGAAUCCUACUGGAGGGCCCAUGCUUCCAUUUUCACCAACUGCUGACAAUCUGUCUGAAAAUCUGGGUAUUGCUAGACAAACAUUCAACAAACAACAGCAUACAGGCAGAUCUGUCACCAUGGAAACACAAAAUCAGCAUGAUGAUGUGUCCAAACUUCCUAUUACAAGAAGCCAAGCACCAUCGGCGUUGGUUACGAGUCCAACAACUAAGAUUGACACUAUGGAAAAUCUGAGGACCUGUGCGUUGCCAAAAAUAGACACUGUUGACAGUCUGAGUACCUGUGUGUUACCAAAAAUAACCAGUGUGGAAAAUCCGAAUGGCCCUGUGUUUCCAAAUAUAGACAAUAUGGAAAAUCUGAGUGACCCAGCGUUACCAGAAAUAGACACAGAAGUAAAUCUGAGUGUCCCGCUGUUACCAAAUAUAGAAACUGUGGAAAAUUUAAGUGUCCCUCUGUUGCCAAAUAUAGAAACUAUGGAGAAUCUAAGCGUCCCUCUGUUACCAAAUAUAGACAAUAGUGAGACGUUAAUAACGGAUGUACGAUUAAAACAUAUAAUAAACGUCUGUGAUAAACUAAUGACUCAUCAUACAAAAUCUGUUCAGGAUAUUAUAACCAUGUGCUCCAAAAUAUCGGGUUAUGAAAUUUAUUGUAAUCGAAUUGUCAACUUUUGUAAUCAAAUUUACACGGAGACGUUGAAUGGCAGUCACUCGAUUAUGAAUCUUUGUAAAGCAUUUACACGAUUAGAUGUAACGUGUACUGGGAUUGGUGGAGAUUCGAUGACCAAUCAGAGAGGGUUUAAGAACGACAUGGAUUUGAAUGCAGACAUGACAAAUAGAAAUGUUGAACAAACAGUUCAAGAAGCCACUACAUCAGAUAGUGAAAUGAUUCAUGUCAAAUCGUUGGUCAGCUCGGAAUCAGAAAGCAUUGGAACUGGAAACACAACGCUACUUCGACUUUUAAACGACAAGCUGGGAAUUACAAAACCAACCAAGAACCAAAGACGGAAAAAAUCAACACCAACUAAAAUACCUUGUGAAAGACCCUCACGAAAAAAAGCAACGAAUGACCCUGAUUAUGUUCUUAGUGAUGACCAUAAUAAACAGAGUCCAUCAAAGGGGAGUAAUUCUAGAAUAACGAGAAAAGGGCAUAAUGGAAAUUCAAGUGACGAUAAUAUAGAUUUAGCUUGGGAGGGGGAUGAGGUAUUUUACGUAUGA